AUGGAUUCAGCAGAAGCCAAAGCAGAAAAGAAAUCUUCUAAAAAGAGAUCCACCUUUAAAUUAAUAAAAGACCUUUCCAAAAAAGAAUUCACUUUAAGAGGAUUCACCUUCAGACAAAUACAUCAAGAUUUUUAUCAAUGUGUAACUUGUAGCGAAGAGCUUAACUACGCAUUAAUUCCAGCACACACCAAAAACCACCAAAAACCUAAUGAAAAAGCUUCUAAAAAAUUAAAUCCUAAUUUCACUGAAAUCUUACUCCUCUAAUAGUAAUUAAUAAAUAUUUAAAUUUUUUUUAUUUAUUAUUUUAUAAAAUAAAACUUUGGGCCUAAUAUAAUCAUUCGGAGAUUUAGAAUACGAAGUUCCAAAUAAAGGAUUAGUAUAUGUAAAAACACUUGCCAAAAAACCAAAAAAUAAAUCAUCAAAAUUUGUUGAACUAAACCAAACUCAAAACGAAGAAGAAUACUGUUCUGACAACUCAAAUUCUGAAGCUUCACAAGGCAGCAGCGACCCAUAUUCAGAAGCAGCGGAUACUGAAAAUUCAUCAGAGGAUUCUCCCAAGAUAAAAACAGAAGCAACCACAAAAAAAGUAUCAGAAGAAACCAUCAGAAAAAAAAUUAAUUUAAGUGAUGAUGAUUCUUUAACAAGCUCAUCAGGUGACAGCACCAGAAACUGAACAGCAGAUAUUAUAGACAGGGAAAGAAACGUAGAUUUUUACAACUGCAGCUGUGGUGCCAAGUUUCAUAGCUAUCGAAAAUUCAAGACUCAUUGUUCAAUGAAAAAAUCGACCUGUCAAAGAUGCGGAGAAAUUUCGUUUUGUAGGGCUGCUAUGAAAAGCCAUUAUGUUAUUUGUUUGACACAAGAACUCAGAGAGAUCAAGUGAGGCCAAAAAUCGAUGAUUCCACAUCCGAUUUAUUUGAGAGGGGUAGAAGAAGCUAUAAGAAAAACGUAUGCGGUAAUGAAGAAAGAUAUUGAUACAGUGAAAGAAGAAGAGAAAAAAGAAGAAGUUGAAUAUACCUGGCUACCAAGGAAAAAAAGGUCGAAAUACCAAUAA